GUCAUUGGUGCGUGCCCCUGGGGCGCUCGCACUGGGCACGCGCGGCGCGUUUCGACCCCCUGGCUGGGCGCCGCGGAAGGAGCGCCUCUUCCAGCCGGUCUCGGAGCCCCCGCUCCCGUGCCGGAAGCAGGAGCCGUUGGAGCCGCGGCUUGGGUGACGGUGAGACGCAAACAUGACCGAAGAGAGCGCUGAAGAGGAGGAGGAGGAGGACGACGACGCGAAGAAGAAGAAAAAGAAGAAGAAGAAGAAGUCGAAGAAGAAGAAGAAGAAGAGCAAGUCCAAGAAGAAGAAGAAGAGCAAGUCCAAGAAGAAGAAGAAGAGCAAGUCCAAAAAGAAAAAGAAGAAAGGAAGCAAGAGUAAGAAGAAGAAAGGAAGCAAGUCCAAGAAGAAGAAAGGAAGCAAGUCCAAGAAGAAGAAAGGGAGUAAGUCUAAAAAGAGAAAGGGCAAGUCUAAGAAAGGAAAGAAGGGUGGUUCCGCAGAUGCCUCUGAGAGCAAGAGCCCGAGCCCAACGCAGAGCGGCGGGGCAUCACCGGGCGCCACCAGUCCCCGCCGACGAGCCGCCGCCGGUACGACAGUCACUGCAGGGAGGACCUAUGGGCCAGCCGGAUCCUACGGGGCAUCCCAUGGGGGAGCGGAAUCCUAUGGGGGAGCGGGAUCCUACGGGGGAGCGGAAUCCUAUGGGGCAGCGGGAGGAGCAUAUGGAGCAUCGGGAGGAUACGGAGCAUUGGGAGGAUACGGAGCAUCGGGAGGAUACGGAGCAUCGGGAGGAUACGGAACACCGGGAGCGUACGGAGCUCCCGGACCGCACGGCGCGUAUAGCCCUGGAACGUACGGCCAUCCGAUGAUGCAGGGGAGUGACAUCAGCAUCUCCUCAAUCGGCGGACCCAGGCCAGCGUUGCGCCAGACGUACCGCGUGCGACGCGGUGGUGCCUCUUCGAUCUCGAUACCGUCCAAGGAAGGCGGUGGCAUAGUGGUGGAUGUCAAGUACCGCAGAAAGAAAAGGCCCUUCGGCUCUUUCGGGACGCCCACCGGCUCGUACUCGUCGUCGCAGAUGGCUCUGGCGCCCGAUUCGCUGUUAUACGAUGACAUGCGUUACAUGCCCGACGCAAUGUUCUACGGCGAUUCGUCCGACAGCUACUCGGACAUGCUGUCUAGCCGCUCCUUCGAAGACAGCUACUUUGACGAUGGAUACUCGAGCUACCCGCCCGCCGACCUGUUGUACUCACAGGGCGAGGGGCCCUUCGGUAGCUUGGAGUUUCCACAGCAAGCGCUCGGCGAUGGUCCCGGGAUGCCCAUUCUUUCACCCACCAUUCAAGUUCACUUGCAACCACCGGCGGAGCCCAUAUCUAUGGACUUUAGGGUCUCGAUGUCCAAGGAGCGACUGCUUGGUCUGGGACAGCAGCAGAUGUCGCAGCCCGCCGAUAUAGAGCAGCUACAGAUGCACCUGACGUCAUUCCCGCAAUCUCAGCCAAUGGAAGUGCAAAACCUAGGCGCUCCAGUAACCAUCCAUCCUCAAGUACCGAUAGAGCAGCAGAUACAGAUACAGCAGCCGCCCUCGUAUCUCGCCCUCGAACAACAAAUGGCGCAGGCGCAGACAUCGCAGUUACUCUUGCAACAACAGCUUGAGGCACAGAGAUCCGCACAGCUCCAGCAAAUGCAACAGUAUACCCAGUACCCUCAGUACUCCCAGUACCCUGAGGCAUCGAUGCAAAUGAGUCCCCAUCUGUCUGCGCCCAUGAUGCCUCCUCAAGGAGUAGGAACGCGAGGCUCACCGCGCAUUCAAGUGGACGUGUCCACCAGCGGAUCAGCCUCAGCCGACUCUGGGGGAAUUGGAAUCGUGCACGGUCGAAUUAGAAGGUUGCGCCGUGGCGGUUAUGGAAGCCCGCCGUCAUUUCCUGCUCCUGGUUACGGUACACCGCCACCGAGAAGUUACAGCAGCCCUUCACCACGGACUCUCCCUGGUUAUGGAACUCCACCUCCGAGGCCGCCUAUUUUGCGCCGUAGAGCACUGUCUCCCAUGGCGCAGUAUCCGCAACCCUUUUCAUCGCCUUCAUAUAUGGCCGGACAGUCGGCUUCAUUUACGGCCCCGCCGUCGCCGCCUCCGCCGCACUACCACCCGGUGUACAAGUCAACUUCCGAUCCACUGCAAGCAUAUUUGCCUCCCGUCAUGCGUCGCCCACGUUCCCCGCCACCUGCGCCCCCUGCGACGCCCGCCAACGCUAAUUUGUCCGUGUCGGUGUCUUCGUACCGCAUUCGGCGGCCCCGCCAAGUGUCUUCAAUGCCGUCGUACCCAAUGAUGGGUCCCAGUGUUUCCAUGAUGGCAUCGCCUCCAGCAUCACCCAUGCCUACCAUGUCGCCCAUGCAAUCGCCUUAUCAAUCUCCAUAUCAAUCCCCCAUGGUUUCUCCAUCACCGUCUAUGAUCAUGCCUCCCAUGAUGCCUUCACCGUCCUUUUCCAUGAUGCCUCCCAUGAUGCCAUCAGCGUCGCCUUCAAUGAUGUAUCCCAUGCAGAUGCCGUCUCCUGUGCAAUCUAUCGUUAUGCAGCCUCCUCCUCCCUAUCCGAUGCCUAGCCCCAUGAUGCCAUCGCCUUCGGUUAUGGUUAACACUGUGGCACCCCCAGCAAUGUCGCCACCUCCCGUCAUCGUCAUGCAACCGCCGCCCAGCCCCAUGAUGUUACCGCCAAUGCAGUCACCCAUGAUGCAACCACCCAUGAUGCAAUCGCCGAUGAUGUCGCCGAUGAUGAUGGGGCCGCAGAUGAUGGGACCACAGAUGAUGGGGCCAAUGAUGGGACCCCAGAUGAUGGGCUCUAUGAUGCCUUGUCCGAAGCCCUCCAACUCGGAGAAGGUGUUCUGCAAGAUUGAGCGCUACGGCGGCUCGUGGUCUGGUAGCGACGAUGACUACUACGAAGGCGGGGAUGGUUACCGCCGAAGGGGCAGGCGACGCAGCCGGGGCAAGCGCGGGCGCUCGCGACGCAGCUCGUAUUCGAGCACCGAGUCGAGCAUGCCGCAAAACGCGUCGCUUUACAGUGUGCCCUCGGCGCCGGCCUUCCUGGGACCCACGCAGCAGCAGCAGCAGCAGCAACAGGUCUACCAGAUGCAGCCGAUGAUGGGCUCGCCGCAGUACGCCGCACCCGCGGCCGGCCUGGCGGCACCGCAGCCGCCGUACAUCACCGACAUCUCCAACGACCAGCGGGACCUCGACGCCAUCGAGAAGGCCAUGAAGAAGAUGUACAUAGAGCGGUACCCGAGCGAGAACGAGAGGCAGUCGCUGUUCCCCGAGCGUUCGCUGAUCAUCAUUCUGGCUCUCAUCUUCAUCUUCGUCAUCGUGGUCGUCGUGAUUGCCGUCAUGGGCUCCUCGCGUCCCGGGUUCCUGCACCCCGCGACGCAGCCCCUACCGACGAUGAAGACCGAGGCCCCGCCCACAACCGCGGCUCCCUCGACCACAGCAGCAGCUGCUAAGACCACGGGAAAGUCGUUGCUGGCAUAGCGCGUGGGCCUCGUUGGUCGAAAUCGGUCGAUCUUCGCGACUAGCUCCCGCAUCCUGCGGCGUGCAUUAAAGUUUAAGCAGGGUCAAAA